AUUAAAUGUAAAAAGGCCACAAUUUUCUGCCAUAACAACAAUCGCUUAUUCUUCUUUUUAAUCUGGACAGAUUGAUAUUCAACUGACUUGAAGUUAUACUGUGUGAUGUUAUAUGAUUAAGUGUUGCCAUAAUUUAUUUGAGCAGAGUUAUGUCUUUAAAACACUUGUUUUUAAAGCUUGUUUCGCUUCAUGAAGGAAAGCGGUGUCCUGAAGGAUGGGAAAGAUUUGGAUGUAGUUGUUACUUUAAAUCCAAUGAGAAGAAAACUUGGUCUGACAGCAGAUGGGACUGUCAAAGUAGAGGAUCAGAUCUGGUGAUCAUAAACAACGUAGAGGAACAGGAAUUUGUUGUAGAGCUGGUGAAGAGUAUGAACUGUGGAGACUCCUGGAUUGGUCUACGGGUCAUACAGGAAAAUAAGCCAACAAGAUGGGAAUGGGUAUGGGUGGACCACUCGCUGCUGACAGAAAAGUUCUGGGCAGCAGGAUCGCCACACCAGCAAAGAAACCAGUACCCUGCAGCAUGCUGCGAUCAACAAGGAAAAUGGACACAGAGUAUAUACUCUGAUCAUAAGAACUGGAUCUGUGAGAAAAAUAUUUCUUGUUUUCCUUGAUGACAGAGAGGUGUGUAGGGAGGCCGAGGGCUAAUGAGUGUCAAGAUGACUGGAUGAAACGGAAAAGAUCCUGGACUACAUCAGGAAGAUGGCCCCCAUAUAUGAAGGGCUUAGUGAGUACCUCAGGCAGCAGAAACCCAAGAGUGAGGACAAGGAAGACGAAAAACCUUCAUGGAGACACAAGCCACUGCACGGCAUGUACCACAGACAAAUAGAAGUCUCUCUCUCGCCCUCUAUGUAUAUAAAUAAAACAUAUAUGAUGCAUCUAAUCCAACUUGACUUAAAAGAAAAUUGAAUAAAGGAAGAUACCUCAUACUCUGAACAAAAUUCCUUUUAUUGUGGCCAGCCUAAAGCACACCUGUGCAAUA